CGAAUUGUGCGCCCCUCGUGUUGGCGGCCGGGAUGUCGGGGCUGAGCGGCGGCUCCGGGCUGGAGGGGGUGGUGGUGGUGACAGACAGCCUGGAGUGUGAGGGCCGCAGUUUGGUGAAGAGUUUGGUCUCAGCGGCUGCUCUGCGGGGGGAACCCGUCCACGUCUUCAGUCUGGAGCUGUCGGUGUCGGACUUCAGUCACGGGCUGGACGAGGGUGUCAGAGGCAGGCUGCGGUUCGAGGACGGUUUCAGCGACCCCCUGCACUGGGAGCAGAGCGAGGCCUUCUCCCUGGACCAGUUCCGGGCCCCGGAGCUGCUGGCCCGGGUCAGCUGGGCCCUGGGAACAUCGCGGGGACCCUGCACGGUGGUGGUGGACUCCCUUAGCCGGGUCCUGCAGAGGAAGGGCGCCACCGCGCUCUGCCGCGAGCUCGGGGAGUUCCAGCGAAGAGCCGCUGCUGCAGGGCUGCAGAUUCGGCAGGUACUGGGACUGUUGCACGCCGACCUUCACCCGCCACAGGUGCUGGAGGUCGUGGGUCAGAUGGCAAGCGCCGUGGUCACGCUGACCCCCGUCCCCGAGGGUCACGAGUCGUGCCGGGACUUCCUGCCCCACGGCGUGGCCACAACACUGCUCCGGAAGAAAUCGGGGAAGGUCGUCAGGACGGUGGAGUAUUUCACGGUCGAGGACGGAUUUGGUGUCAGAACCUCAGUGGGACCAGUCGGGACGAAGGAGGCAGUGUCGGAGGGCGACGUGACGUCGGCUGACCCGGCCGCGAACCUGACCUUUAACCUGCGGCUGACGGGGGAGGAGCGGCGAGCGAGGGAGGGGGUGUCGCUGCCCUUCCACUUCACGGCAGCCAGGAAGGCGGCCCUGUUACAGCGCGGAGCUGACGGGGGGACCAUUCACUACGAGCUGGAGCCUGGCGACGACGUCGACCCAGAGGAUCCCGACGACGAUUUGGACAUCUGAGAAAUCGGCUGCGGUCUGUCCCCCACAUACUGACCCCCACACACUGACCCUCACUGGGGGAUGGGUCCCACACACACACUGACCCUCACUGGGGGAUGGGUCCCCCACACACACUGACCCUCACUGGGGGACGGGUCCCCCACACACUGACCCUCACUAGGGGACGGGUCCCCCACACUGACCCUCACUGGGGGACGGGUCCCACACACACACUGACCCUCACUGGGGGACGGGUCCCACACACACACUGACCCUCACUGGAGGAUGGUCCCACACACAUAUUAACCCUCACUAGGGGACGGGUCUCUCACACACACACACACACACACACACACACACACACACACACACACACACACACACACACACACACACACACGAUGUUGAACUGUUGUGGCAUCGCUCGUAGACACUCCCAUGUCCAUUGAACUGCACCCGUUUCCUGGAUAUGGCACUUCUCCAGAUGGGACUUCGCAUAAAUGUGGAUAAAGCACGAACUCUGGAGAUGGGAUUCAGUGUCGGCCGCUGAGCUCUUUUGUGGAACUUCCCUCAGAUUCCCCGGAUCCACAUGUUCCUCUACUCCUCGCUUUGGGAAGUGCUGCACCUCCUGGUUCUAAAUAAAACUUUGGCUUUUCAUUCCAGA